AUGGAGGGUAUUAGUUUAAAACAAGCACUAUUGUAUAUUCUGCCUAUUAGUUAUUCUGACAAAGCUGUCGAUAAACAACCACUACAAUUUCAUUUUAAUUUCAACGAUCAACUGAAAUUUGAAAGACCGCAAUUUAUCCAGUUUGCACCUUUGGUAAAUGAAGAGGCCGUUCGUUCUGUUUUUGAUGCAAAUAUUUGUCAAGUAUUAAAUAAAUUGUUGAUGCCAGAUUAUAUAAUUGAAAGAAGGUCAGAUUAUAUCAUUGGUGAUCUGAAUUUCGCUGUCAACUUUGCUUCAGACCAAUUGGUCAUGCCAAUUGAAGUCAAAUGA